CUCUAGUAGGUGGACAAGAUGUGGUUUAUGCACCUGUGCACGCUUGUGCUUAAAAUCUUAACAUUGCCACUUCAGCUUGGGGAACUGCUGGGUCUGUAUACACUAUACAAGCGCGUAUUUCCGUAUAUGUGGUACAAUAUCACUUUCAACUAUAACCUUGAAAUGAAGGAACACAAACGGGAACUCUUUAGGUCUCUAGAGAAAUUCCGCUUAUCAAAUGGCGAACUGCGUAUUAUUGAGAUCGGUUGUGGCAGUGGGGCUAACUUUGAGCACUACCCGGCGGGCUGUAAGAUAGUCUGCACAGAUCCCAACCCGCACUUCCAGAAGUAUCUGCAGAAGAACAUGACGAAAAAUGACCACCUUGUUUACGACAAGUUUGUGGUGGCGACUGGAGAGGAUCUGCGUGGGGUACCAAAGGAAUCGGUAGACGUGGUGGUUGUCACUUUGGUCCUGUGCUCAGUCGGCGAUAUCAGGCUUGUACUUCAAGAGGCGAAACGAGUCCUUCGGCCAGGUGGUGGCUUCUUCUUCAUGGAACACGUGUCUGCAGACCCAUCCACCUGGACCUUCUUUUUCCAGCAUGUUAUGCAGCCACUCUGGUACUACUUCGGAGAUGGCUGUGAGACCACUCGUACCACGUGGGAAUAUAUCGAGAAUGCAGGAUUUAACCAGCUGAACCUGCGUCACAUACAGGCUCCUGUCACCGUGUCCAGGCUCAUCAAGCCCCAUAUUGUAGGCUACGCCAUUAAAUAACUGCAUCACACACACACACACACACACACAUACACACACACACACACACACACACACACACAGUCAGUCAAAACAUCUGCACAGUCCUGCUCACCACCUAAACCUACCGUGCGCUUCAACUUUCUGGUGUUCUAACUUACUUCCAAGCUCGUCCAGCGAUGCUUUUUCAGCACCACUUUGCUUUUUCAUUUGUAUUUAUGAGUUGUGAUGGCUUCCUCUAUUUUAAUGUAUUUUCUGUUGUCCGGGUGGCUUUGUUACUAUUCGGCGAAUAGAAUCUACGACAUGGUUGUCACAACGGAUUAUGUAGUGUUUACUCCAAAUCAUCAUUAUUAGGAAUUUAAAAGCUCAAUUUACUUUGCAUCUGGAACUUGGCGGCCUACAUUUGAGGCUCUUUGCUGUUGUAAUUACGGACAGAUUGCUGUUGAUCAUCAUCGAACUCAGCAACCUCACUGCCAACAUGUCUUGCACUCGAGCUAUUUUUCUUAAAAUUGAACGGAGGAAAUGGCAUUUCAUUGAAUGGCAAUGACAUUUCAGAUACAACAUUCAUUCUUGACAAAAAGGGACAAAAUACUGAAAAAUACUAACUGAAUCCAGUAGGUCUGUUGAAAUGCAACACCAGCAAUGGGCUGUGUCCCGCAUCAUGGUUUCACUCUGUGUUGAAAUUGUGGUGCCAUAUUGAAUGCCAUUUUUGAUCAAUAAAGUGUACAUUUUUUUGAUAAUGCAUA